UUCGCACGUAGUCAAGAAUUGAGUCCCUGGGUAUCGAUCACGUAACUUUUCCCCUAGAGUGAAAAGUGAAAAGUGAAAAAUUAGUGGAGGUCCACAACAAAUAUUCUGUAGCCAAUGAAAUGAUCCAGCGUUUGAAACUUAAGACGAUCAUUAAUAUAAAAUCCGACUAUAAAUAUCAGUCCAUGUUAUUUUGUGUGCGAUGGCUUUUAGCAUUUUAGAGUCCGCAAUAGCGUUGCAAUUUUAAUUACAGAAAGGAGAUAAUAUAAGGUAAUAUACACAAAAAAUGAACGUAACAAGAAAACAAAAAGAAAUGUUACUGAAUUACUUACAAGAAAAACCUGAUUUAAUAAGAGGUCGAAUAAAUAGAAAAAGCGAGAGUCGACAAAAAUUGAAUGCAAUGUGGGAUGAAGUAGCAGAUUGUUUAAACUCUGCAGAGGGUCCAUGUAAAAGUGGAAAAGAAUGGGAAAAGACGUGGAAAGACAUAAAAGGGUAUAUAUUAAAAAAAAAGACCAAAAGAUGGAGUUAUAUGCAACAAAAAGGAGGAGGUUGUCCUCUUAAAAUAGUAUUUUCUGAUUUUGAAGAAGAUUUUGAAGAAACAGUUUUACAGUUAUUAACAUCUGAGGCAGCUGGAUUAGAAAAUAUUCCUGAAGAAGGUUUUAUGAGUGCAAUAAAUAAUAUAAACUGUGAUAUAGGACGAAGAAGUGAUAUAGCGACAGAAAAUUUGGAAGUGAAUUAUGGAGAAGAAAUAGAUGAGGAACAAAAUAUUGAAAAUAUAACAGCAAAUUAUACAUCGACGCCAGAGGAUCAAUGCAACAACUAUCACAAAAUAUGGUACAUAUACAAUUGGAUAAAUUAGAAUUAAAGAAAGAAGAAAUAAGAAUAAGAAAAAAGUCCUUAAAAGUACAAAAGAAAAUCUUAACUGAGCUUAGAAGCAUAAGAUUUGAACUAAAUGAUGCAAAUAGUAG